AUGGAUGCCUUCAUAUGGAGCCAUCGCCCGCCGUCGUCGACGCUUCGUGCGUUCGUGCUCCACAGCUUCGUGGUGCUCGUCGUGACCGUGCUGCUCCUCGCCACCGUGCUCACCAUGAACAUUGCACGCAUCGAGGAAGCCAUUGGAUUUCCAGCCUCAAACAAGACACGUCGAGGAUUGCUGAGCCACGCGUCCGAGCGAUUGUUGUUCUGCGAUGCCAAGCAAUGUGAAUACGAAGCGCGAUUCCUGAACGCGAGCGUGGACUGGUCGCUGAAUCCGUGCGACGAUUUCUACAAGUACGCUUGCUCCCGCUGGAAAGGACGCCACCACGUGCCAAACUACAGCGACGAGCGCUCCCUGUUCACCGUGCUCAGACGGACGCUCGACAUGGACGUGCUGAGCAUACUGAACGCGACUCUGCUCCCAGAAGAGCUACAGACGCCCAACCAGAAGGCUGCGGCUCUGUUGGCAGGCUGCAUUGAUAGGCGCCGACUGAACCGUCUAGGCGUGGCUCCAUUUGCCCGCGUGCUGGAUCGGCACGGUCUUUCCGGAUGGCCGCACUCGAACCCGAAGCCUCCCGAGCCGGCGCUGCUCGUGGGUGAGCUUACCCGACGACUGCGGCUCCAAACGUUCUUUUCAACCACCGUGUCCGUGCAUCCCAAGGACGUCUCGCGCCGUAUGAUCCACUUGGACGAGCCGCAGACGCUGUUAUCAAAGCCGAUGCUCCUGGAGAUGAACGUGCUGGAGAAAUACCGCCUGCUUGUGACCAAGAUGAUGCAUGUGUUCCGGGACAGCGACGAGAACAUACCGAACAACGUCCUGCAAAUGGAGAUACAACUCGUCAUGGCAACUGAUCUCACUUGGAAGCGGAAACGCAAGCACGCCGUCAGAGUCAACCUGGGCAGCUUGCCAAAGUCUCACAAGUGGAAUUGGGCGCUCUUUCUGAAGACCAUCGCGGGAGAUUUGCUGGACGUGAGCAACGACACGCAGGUGGUCUCGGGAAGUCCAGAGUUUUUCUCACGUCUAGCGAGCAUACUGAACAACGCCUCGAGGAAGGUGAUCACGGACUACGUUGCCUGGCGCCUCCUGGUGCACAUGGCGCCUUUCCUACCGGACGCCUUCCGACCCUUGGCGGCGUUGUCCAGAAAUGCCGACGAAGAGGAACGGAGCACCGCCAGCGCGUUCGCGACGCCCCCCAGGUGGCGCACCUGCUACGACCGCGUGGCUGACCUCAUGCAAUAUGCCGUGGCCGCCGCCUACGCGCAGCGGUUCCUCGUGGGCAAGGCGAGCGCGCUACGCAAAGACGUGAAGAAGAAGUACGCCCUGUUCAGCGAGCGCGUCCUCGACGUGGUACGAAAGUCGCGCUGGAUCCACCCCAAGUCGAGCCAAGUCAUUCAGCAGAGGCUUCUGUCUGUGACGCCCUACUUUCUAUACCCCUCAUUCGUGGAAAAUGACUACGCCAUCUCAGCUUUUUAUCACGUGGUUCCUGAUGUAAAAAUAGGAGCUGUCCUUGAGAGCUACUACAACACCCGAACAGCGCUGAACGACCACUACUGGCAGUGGCUCGUGGAGGACUGGAUCGGCCCAGAGUGGGAGGCACCGUUCCUGAGACCUCAGGUCUUCUUCAACCAGGAAUUCAACACACUAGCCGUCCCGUUUGGAAUACUCCAGAGUCCACUGUACUACACCAACAUGCUACCGCCGGUCGACGCUGCACGGUUUGGGUUCCAGCUGGUCAGGGAGCUGACACGAGCUUUCUUUGCCAGUGGGCCCUUCUACAAGGAACGCAAGAACGUGAAGAAGCCGUGGGACCGACUGACGCAGGAGGAGUUCAAGAGCCGUUACAACUGCUUCCUCCACCAGUACGGCGAAGUCUACGGCAAACAGAUAAAUCCUUACGCUUCGAUAACCGAAAACAUACUGGACAACGCGGCUCUUCCACUCGCUUAUCGGGUGUAUCGCAAGCUCGUGCGGAGGAGCCGCAACUUGGGUGCCUCGGACUGGGUACUCAAGCAGCUCCCCGAGGUCUCGUCUGACCGAAUAUUUUUCUUGGCUUUCGCCACGAUGUUCUGUGAUUUGAAGCGGACCAGAGCCCUUAAGAUGCAACUGACGCACGGACCAUACAGUCCAUCCAAUUAUAGGGUGAACGUGCCCUUGAUCAACUUCCCCAAGUUUGCUCACGCCUUCGGAUGCGGCCCCGAGGACGCCAUGGUGCGCGAGGAGCAGUGCAACUUGUGGGACUGAUAGCGAGCCAUCGCUACGACGACAUCUUUAUCAAGGCGCCAAAGUAAACUAUAUGG